ACUCGGUCCGGGAGUCGUGGGCGUGUUCGGAGUCGAAUCCGCCGGAAUCCCGCCUCGGGUCUCGGUGUUUCUCGCCGCCCGACCGCAGGGGUGACCACGGCACGCCCCCAGCGACCUAGGCCACGCCCACAGCGACCCAGACCACGCCCGGGCGACCUAUUCGCUCGCAAAUCCCGCGGGCGCCCCGGCCCACCCCUCUGUCCCUCGGGUGCCGCCAGGCUGGGACGCUGCAGCGGACCGCGGAACUGAGACGUGGUUCCUGGGCGGAGGCACCAUGUUGGACUUCGCGAUCUUCGCUGUUACCUUCCUGCUGGCGUUGGUGGGAGCGGUGCUCUACCUCUACCCGGCUUCCAGACAAGCUGCAGGAAUUCCAGGCAUUACUCCAACAGAAGAAAAAGAUGGUAAUCUUCCAGAUAUUGUGAACAGUGGAAGUUUGCACGAGUUCCUGGUUAAUCUGCAUGAGAGAUAUGGGCCUGUGGUCUCUUUCUGGUUUGGCAGGCGCCUUGUGGUUAGUUUGGGCACUGUUGAUGUCCUAAAGCAGCAUAUCAACCCCAAUAAGACACUGGACCCUUUUGAAACCAUGCUGAAGUCAUUAUUAAGGUAUCAGUCUGAUAGUGGGAACGUGAGCGAAAACCACAUGAGGAAAAAAUUGUACGAAAAUGGUGUGACUAAUUGUCUGCGGAGUAAUUUUGCUCUCCUGAUAAAGCUUUCGGAAGAAUUAUUGGAUAAAUGGCUAUCGUACCCAGAGUCCCAACAUGUCCCCCUCUGCCAGCAUAUGCUUGGCUUUGCUAUGAAGUCUGUUACACAGAUGGUAAUGGGCAGUACAUUUGAAGAUGAACAGGAAGUCAUUCGCUUCCAGAAGAAUCAUGGCACAGUUUGGUCUGAGAUUGGAAAAGGCUUUCUGGAUGGAUCACUUGAUAAAAGUACAACUCGGAAAAAACAAUAUGAAGAUGCCCUUAUGCAACUGGAAUCUAUUUUAAAGAAAAUCAUUAAAGAACGAAAAGGAAGGAACUUCAGUCAGCAUAUUUUCAUUGACUCCUUAGUACAGGGGAACCUUAAUGACCAACAGAUCCUAGAAGACACUAUGAUAUUUUCUCUGGCCAGUUGCAUGAUAACCGCAAAAUUGUGCACCUGGGCAAUCUGUUUUUUAACCACCUAUGAGGAAAUUCAGAAAAAACUAUAUGAAGAGAUUGACCAAGUUUUGGGGAAGGGAGCUAUCACUUCAGAGAAAAUUGAGGAGCUCAGGUAUUGUCGGCAAGUGCUUUGUGAAACUGUUCGGACUGCCAAACUGACCCCAGUUUCUGCCCGGCUUCAAGAUAUUGAAGGAAAGAUUGACAAAUUUAUUAUUCCUAGGGAGACCCUUGUCCUGUAUGCCCUUGGAGUCGUGCUUCAGGAUCCCAGUACUUGGUCAUCUCCGUACAAGUUUGAUCCAGAGCGUUUUGAUGAUGAAUCUGUUAUGAAAACUUUCUCCUUGCUUGGAUUUUCAGGCACACGGGAAUGCCCAGAGUUGAGGUUUGCCUAUAUGGUGGCUGCAGUGCUUUUGAGUGUCCUGCUGAGGAGACUGCACCUCCUCUCUGUGGAGGGACAAGUUACUGAAACUAAGUAUGAACUGGUGACAUCAUCCAAAGAGGAAGCUUGGAUCACUGUCUCAAAGAGAUAUUAAAAUUGUAUGCAUUUAACUUUGUUGAAGAAAAUGAUCAUUAAGAAAUCUGUAUUGAAUCCUUUUAGAAACCAAGCAUCAUUGUGUAAAAUAAACACCUAUUAAUACUUCA